AUGCCUAGCAGCUGUUUGUGCCCCUGCUCGCGGCACGGUCCUCUUCAGGCCAGGGGCGCCACAUCCACGGACCAACCCCAGUCUUUGGCUUAUUCCACCAGUCACUAUUUUAGCAGCUUAGAACGUCUCAGACUAGCACAAGAUGUCAACAGCCUCCAACAGUCUUACAGUCGUCCCCAUCCUGAGCCUAAGCCGUCGAUUCUUCAGCAUCCAAAUAAUAGCACUUGGGCCGCCACUGCGCCCUCGAACAGACCCUUCCUUCUCGCAGCCAGCCUGCUACAGCCCGGGUUACUGCUAAACGGGAACAAACUCCGCAAGAGGCGGGCCUCCACGACGAACAGCAGAGCCACCCCAUCAACGGUCGCCUGGUUUGCAUCUCUGCCUCCCGCUCUUCAGAAGAAGCUAUUCUCCAAGGAGGAGUGCUUGUUUUAUACUCAGGACAGCAGCACUGUCAUCCUGGACUCCGCGGACGAAAUUCUGCGCAGACGUAGCUCCAACACCAAGCGACAGGCCGCUCUCGAGGCUGGCAGUUCUGACGACGAGACUGCAGUGGAUUGGGAAGAGCCCAAGCACCAAGAACGGGUGGACUCGGCCGUCGAUAUGGGUGAUUAUAAUGCGGAUGGGUUUCGAUGGUUGGACGAUGAGGCAGACCUGGACCUGAAGUUGGACGACUAUCAUGAAGCCAUUGCAGAAACCGCGCGAAGGACGGCAUCUUUUUCAGAACCGGUGAGACGUCCGUUUAAACGGAAUACGUCGCUUUCGAGCAUACCUAUCCGACGUCCACGCAAGUCGACAUCAUCCUCACGCGGCCAAGUCGAACCUGCCAGUCCGCCGGCCUUGCCGUCUGAGCCUCUUCACUUCCCAUCACCAUCGCCCUCCUUCACCCUGAAACACGCACGAUCCCAGGCAUCCUUAAAUUCUAUCGACCCGCGAGCCACCCAUUAUCAGGACCCUGCCGCGCGAAUGAAGCUUAGGCUUUAUCUGGCCUCCCCACAGAAGUUCGACGAGGCCAUCGAGUUUGGGUUUCCCUCAAUCGGGAUGAAGACCAAGCACAAGGAUCGUACGAGACCAAUGACCAGCCCUCAACCAAGACCUGAUGUCAAUCGCACGUUCUUUCACGACGACGACACCCCAUCAUUAUCAGGGGACGAUGGAGAUGACGCGGACGACCCUGAUACACUCUUCAAUCCCAGUACCCCUGAAGAUACCGUCUUCCAGAUGCACCGGCCUACGAAAAAGCCCAGUGUGGAUGGGAAUGUCGGCUUAAAACCAGUGUCCACGAGACGACAGCCCGAGAUGUAUGCUCGCGGCGGCAUAGGCUUCGACCGGGAGAUGACGCUGCAUAUGACAUUGACACGACCAGACCUACGCUCGCCUGGGGAAACACUACCGAGUUGUCAGAAGAAUGUCAACGAUCUACCUCUGGAACGGCCCGAACUGCUCUCGGAUGGCCACAUGGUCUCAAUUUGGGAUACCUUGCCUCCUGAGGAAUCGAGGGUGAAGAGAUUCCUGCGGAAGUUGAGGCUGAAAUAA